AUGACUUUUUACUUCCCUGCUAUUGCCGCUGUCGUUGAAGAUCUUAAUAAGGAGAAUAUCCCUGUAGUAGAGUAUGGGGACCUGUUGAAUGCACGGUUUGGGCAUCCUAUCUGCAUAGUGACAGUCAGAUGGGCAAUACCUGACUCACGGGUAUCGCGCGUAUCUAGCAUCCUCUUGGAACACAAUAUACCAAAAGGCGGCAUUAUCCCACAUUACGCUAGAUCGUACGGCAAAUGGGAGACAGCGGGCGAGAUGCACAAAUGCGAGAGCACCAGGAUCCAUUUGAUACCUCUAUCAACCGUGCACUUAUCCCUCGAAGACUGUAAAGAAGUGGCGUCAACUUUUAGUUUUCAACUAAAGGCGCUUAUCCCGGAACCACGGCCGUAUCUUAUAUCAUUGAUUCGCAUUCUACAGUCUCUACCACCUGGGUUCUCACGGCUCCCUAUAGUUGGUAAUACGGCUCUGUUUCUCAACUAUUGUGUUUUCCCAAGACUACCUGAUGGUGAAGACGAAGAAAGCGAAAGCGAGGAGCAUUUUCAGCAACGUGUCGAGCAAGCGUUAUCCGUUGUUCGUCAGUGGGAUUGGAGGCCUGAAGAGAAGAAAUAUCUGGAUCUUUCGGAACGAAUAAUCCGCAACUGCCAAUUACUUUAUACCUUGAAAUAG